AUGCACAAUGGCGACUGGAUGACUCGCGAUCGUAUGACAUGGACAUAUUCGGAACGCAUUUUUGAGCGAAAGCAGUUUAGGCGAAUAACCUUAGCGAAAGGCCCAUUAGGUAUUGGAGGCUUAUCUGCGGCGGUCGCCCUUGCGAGUCGAGGGCAUAGUGUGCUGGUGCUGGAAUCAACUUCUCAGCUUCUCCACGUCGGAGCAGGCGUCGCGUUGCCGCCAACGACGAGACGCUGGUAUGAAUUGGAAGGAGUGCUUCGACUUGAGGAUUCAGCAUGUGUACCGUUGGAUGGAAUCGAACUCACGCAAUGGGAUACAGGCGACUUGGUUACUCGAACAGCUGCCAACCCGGUAGGAAAGCAGAAUGCGAUACAUCAUGGAGAUCUUCAGCUGGCACUUCUGGAUCGAUGCCGACAACUGGAGAAUAUCAAAAUCAGGCUGGGAGCACGCGUGACAGAUGUGGAUAUCGAAGAAAAUGCGGUCCUUCUUGCCACGGGAGAGCGCGUCGUGGGAGAUGUGAUCGUAGCGGCGGACGGAAUCAAGUCUACGCUGAAAGCGAAAGUAUGCCCGCCAGAGGCAGCCAAAGCUCAGCCUACUGGCGAAGCCGCGUAUCGAUUUACCCUUUCUCGAGACCUGCUCGAUUCGGACGAAGAAUUACGGAAGUUGGUUGAACGAUCCUGGGCGACGCGAUGGGACGGACCUUCGCGACACGUCGUUGCGUAUCCCGUGCGAGAUCACCAGCUGCUCAACGUCGUUCUCAUCCAUCCAGACGACGGACAAGCCGAAGAAUCAUGGACAUCCGUGGCCGAGAAGAGUAACGUAAUUUCGGACUUUCAGGGCUGGAAUCCAACACUUCGCAAGCUGAUCGACCUGGCACCGGCUGCGGUGCCAAAUUUCCGCAUGUUCUUAUAUCCCCCGUCACCGGUAUGGGUGAAGGGCUCCACGGUUCUACUUGGAGACGCAUGUCAUGCCAUGCUCCCGUAUUUAGGUCAAGGAGUGGCCCAGUCCGUGGAAGAUGCCACGGCCAUUGCUACCGUGCUCUCAAUGAUUGAGAGUCAGGCGCAGCUGCCACUGGCCCUACGUGCAUACGAGCAGUCUCGAAAAGAACGCGUGGAGCCGAUCCAAGCGGCAACCUACAAGGCAAGGGAGCAACUACAUCUUAAAGACAAGGAAGCCCAGGAAGCUCGAGACCGGGAAAGAAAAGCAGCCUCGGAAAGUAAUCAAAACAGUGAUGUGGUGAAGAUGCAGCACUCAUUUUGGGUGUGGGAUGCUGCAAAAGUGGCGCAGAAUGUUCAUGUUCGCUCGGAAUAUUCGCUGGAUGACAUGAAUGCUCUUAAACUGUUUCUGGAUACUGCCAAUUCGCUGGAGCUGGAAAGUCUAGCCCUUCGUCUUAAGCCAUAUCGAAUCCAACCAUUGCAAGUUCAAAGACCUGAUGGGGCGGUGUCGAUACCGAUGUUGGUCCUCGAUGGACGAGCUCCGACUCAAACAAUUGGAUUGCCUCCAAGUGAUCAAAUCCCUCCAUCUUUGUGCCUCAAUACCAAUACAGUGACUCCUCCGGGGGAAGCAUAUUUCGAUUUUGGGAUGACGUCUCCAAGCGAAAUAGUCGAGCUUGAGCCCGUUCCUCAAGGCCUCUUCGACUUCGCGGAUGUCAGUGAUCAUCUCAUGGACUCCAAUGUUCUCUUCAGCCAAAAUCAGUCAGGGCUUCCAGAUACAAUAUUGGAAGAUCUGAACACAGAUGACAUCACAGACAUUUGGUCAUCUCCUACGUACAAUUCAAAUCCAUUAGCGACACUACCAACGCCACCCCAGUCAGACUUCGACGCAAAAGAGAACAACAGUAGCUUCGAUGUACUUCAAUUUGAGCCAGGAAUGGAACAUCGGAAUUCUCCACACAGCACAGUACAAGUUGAAUGCGACCUCAGUCAAUAUGAUGAGGACUUCAAGCCAAUUUCCUCGCUCGUGUGGGCAAAAAACCUUCCUCGGCGCAUUGCGGCGCUUAGUGCGCAGAGUGGGACAUCCGCUGCUUCAAGGAGCAAUUCACACAAAGCAGCUCUUAUGUUUCGUUGUUGCAUUAGGAAGGACUACUUUGAUUUCCUCACGACCAAUGUCUCGGCCUGGAUCAAAGACGGUCUUUGGAUGCCGUCCACGUCCACCGGUCUCCACCGAAACAACUCGAGCUAUCAAUUUCUUGAGAACAUCUACUCUUGCGUCUCUCAACUGGACACUCGCAUCGAAUAUGAUCAAAUUAGAAAGCGAAUUGCACUUGUUCUUUUACAUACCCAAUAUCUGGCAAGCUAUCGAGAUUGGAAGUCCCAAGAAGAGAGCAAACGCCGAUGUCUCAUGGGCGUCGGGCGGGGGGAUCGGACACUCAUGAUCGACAGCAUCCUGGAGCAGACGACUCCCAAUUGGAAACAGCUCGAUACGAAGAAAAGAGCUCAGUUGCGAGCCCUGUUUCACGAGCGGAAACGAUACGGGAAGCGGUGGUCGGUGUUCCAAUCCGAGCUGGGUCCUAGUAUUUUGCUGCUUUGCUCUCCACAGCUGGCAAAUAUGGUGAGCAAUACCAAAGUUACGAUGGCUGUUCUCAAGGGGAUUUCGCGGUCCAUCAAAUCAUGUGAUUACAUCAUGAGUGCCUUGAAGAUAAUGGACUCUCUGGCACAAAGUCUCAUUGAAAACGAUGGGUAUCAUGAUCAUGAAGGGGAUCAGAUUCUACAGCAGUUCAAGGCCGUGAGAGCUAGAAUGCCAAAGGCAGAGGCCGAAGAAUUCGAUUGA